GUACAUUGGACAGAGGGAAUUGGACAAACUAACCCCUCAACGGAAAGCUGAAUUACAAGUUUACCGCGCUGACGACCAAACUGUCGUAUUACCUGAGGAAACUUCCUUCCUCCCUCGUCAUUAUGGUUGUUUGGAAAUUAGAGGAGAGAAGAAAGAAAGAAGAAAUCUGAAAAGAAAAAAGACAGAGGAGAUGAUGAGUAAACGAACUCUGUUAGUAUGGGGAGUAGCAAUCUUGUGUUUUAUAGUUUUAAUGGUUGUCACUCCGAAAAUUCCCCAGUCCGAACAAUACCAUGAUUUUGCUGAUCAGCGUGAAUUCUUUGGGAUACCGAACAUGCUGAAUGUGGUAUCAAAUUUUCCUUUUUUUGUAAUUGGCGCAAUUGGGCUUAUACUUUGUUAUUAUCGGAACUAUUUCAGGCUAAGAUCACAAGGUGAGCUAUUGGGUUGGACAUGUUUUUUCAUUGGCGUUACAGCUGUUGCUUUUGGAUCCGCUUACUAUCAUCUCAAACCAAAUGAUGCUCGUCUUGUCUGGGACCGCUUGCCUAUGACUAUUGCUUUCACUUCCAUCAUUUCAAUCUUCAUUAUUGAAAGAGUGGAUGAAAAAUGGGGGACUCUAUCAAUUCUUCCUCUGCUCUUGACUGGUAUAGUUAGCAUUCUCUAUUGGUGGUUUUUUGAUGAUCUGCGUCCAUAUGCAUUGGUCCAGUUUGUUCCUUGCAUAGCCAUUCCUUUGAUGACUAUCCUGUUGCCUCCAAUGUAUACACAUUCUUUGUAUUGGUUAUGGGCUGCAGGGUUUUAUGUUAUAGCUAAGGUUGAAGAAGCAGCUGAUAAACCAAUUUACAAAUGGACUCAUCACAUUGUGAGCGGGCACACUCUUAAGCAUUUAUUUGCAGCUAUGGUCCCUGUCUUCUUGACUCUGAUGCUAAUGAAGAGGGUUAUUGAAACAGAGAGACGAAGUUUGUUCCAGACAUGGCGAAUAUCCUGGACCAAGGUUAAAGGAAAUGGCGAAAAGGUGGAGAAUUAUUCCUGUACUUAUACAAACGUUCCGGUUGAGGAGUCACGGUGUUAACUAUACGUUUUUCCGGAUUUGUACUUUAAAUGGAACUGUUCAAAUUUCAUUAACGAGUUCCACUAACCCAAUUGACUUAUCUAAAAGGGGACAUAUAUGUUCAUGAGAAGUAAUAUUUGCACUCUCCAAUUAGCCUCUAAUAUUCGUUGGAGGUAUAUUAUUUAUUGAGUGAAUUGGAGUGCCAGAGGCUAAAAUGGGAGUGUGAAUACUAAUUCCCAAGUCUUGUGUUAACCCAAGUGAUUCAUAUUUCUAGACAUGAAUCUGUGCCUUACAUUCUUGCUAGAUUGAUAGUGUUUCAUGUUUUUAG